ACCUAAACUGUUAGCCCAAGCCCACCCAAAACCAUGUCAAGAUAGCAGUUGUACUGCUUCAAUGAACAAAUCACCAAGCUUUUCGAAGCAGAGCGACGCUCGAACAUCAUGGCCAGGAAGAAGCUCUUGUUGCUGUUGAAACCGUUUGACGUUUUCCCAGUUCGCCAUCCAAACGCCAAUGGCGUCUUUCGUACCACGAACCCUCAAGUUUUUCGGCAUCUCGACAACAGGUGUAAGGCACACAAGGAUGCCAUAAACUUUUGUCAAGGUAUUCUUUCACAGAAGUCAGUUGAUUGGGAACCGGUUUUCCGGAACAAUUAUUCAAAACCAAUCAGUAAUGUGGAUUUAGUUGUUACUAUCGGUGGUGAUGGCACUCUCUUGCAAGCCAGUCAUUUGAUGGAUGAUUCCGUUCCUGUUUUAGGUGUGAAUUCUGACCCCACACAUGUUGAAGAGGUGGAAGCAUUUAGUAAUGAGUUCGAUGCCACUAGAAGCACCGGCUAUCUUUGUGCAGCAACUGUAAAAAACUUUGAAGAAAUUAUAGACAACAUCCUGGAAGGUCAAAUAGUUCCUUCUACAGUGUCAAGGAUAUCAGUGUCUAUAAAUUCAAAACGGCUCUCGACGUGUGCUCUUAAUGACAUUUUAGUUGCACACCCUUGUCCUGCCACAGUUUCUCGGUUCUCAUUCAGAAUUAAAAAAGAUAGCCUGCCAUGUUCCCUGUUAGUGAACUGCCGAUCAAGUGGUCUCAGAGUCUCAACUGCUGCUGGGUCCACAGCAGCAAUGCUCUCAGCCGGUGGAUUCGUAAUGCCUACUUUAUCUCGGGAUCUCCAGUACAUGGUAAGAGAGCCCAUUUUUCCACAGGCAGCCUACUCUAAUUUGAUGCAUGGAUUAGUGAAAUCCGAUCAGUCCAUGGAAGCUACAUGGUAUUCUAAAGAGGGUUAUAUAUACAUUGAUGGCUCUCAUAUUUUCCAUUCUAUCCAAAAUGGGGACAUCAUUGAAUUAUCAUCCAAGGCCCCUGGUCUGAAAGUCUUCUUGCCACCCCAUUUAUUAUCAUAAAAAGGAUAGAUGGAGACAUACACUUAAAAGGAAGAAUAAACUUCUGUUUCUCUCAUCACAGGUACGAGAAAAUUUUUUAUUCUUUCUAGUUAUAGUGACUACUGUAAAUAUAUGUUUUCGGGUUCGUAUAUGUAGCUGCAAAUAUUGAGAACCCUAAUGUAGGGGGCUAAUAUCAAGUUUAAAAAAUCUGUCUAGCACAUUUUUUGGUUUGAAUUAGUAUUGAGAGCUACUGAUUCAUGGUUC